CUCGUCACCGUUGAAGCAAAAGAGUUAAAAAAUGUUGUCUUCACAUCCCCCUCAUCCUAGAACCUUCUUCCCCAAAACCAGCAACUCUAUUUGACAGUUGAGUUGACCCAAAAACAAAAUUAAAAAAAACACCAAAUCUCAUCAAAUUAUUCAUUCACCAAAAUCACAAAACUCAAUUCAUUCAUUCAUCAUAAUCAUAAUCAUAAUCAUAAUCAAUCAUAGAUAUGGGUCUUAUUUCCUAUGCCUUAACAGGCACAGGUUUAAUCCUUAUAGGAUCUCUUGAAUCUCUCCGCGGAUCACAAAAAUCAAAACUAAACAAAAACCAAUCAAUCUUUUACAUCACACUCUCAAUUUUCACUUCUUUCGUUACAAUAACUUCAAUAAUCUCUCUUUUCAACGCACACACUUCAAACGACGCCGUUGGGUUAUCACUUCAUCUUCAAACCCUACCAAUUUCAUUACUCUUCCUAAUUUACUCAAUUUUAUCACUUUCACUCCCUUUUCUUCCUUCAAAUUUGCUUAACCUAAUAAUCACAUUCGGUUUCGCUGAAGAAUUUCUCUUGUUUUAUUUGCAAAGAAAAGAUCCUAGUGGUGUUGAGAAUCGUUAUUAUGAUUUAUUGUUAGUUCCUAUUGCUGUUUGUGUUUUUUCUACUGUUCUUGAAUUAGGAUCUUAUGAAUCGAAUGUUCCCAAAUUAGGUCGUGGAAUUGGACUUAUUUUACAGGGUACAUGGUUUAUUCAAAUUGGUUUGUCUUUGUUUUCGUCGAAUUUUGUUGCUGAAGGAUGUAAUUUGCAUUUAGUUAGUAGUGGAAAUUAUAGUUUGAGAUGUAAAGGUCAUCCUGAAUAUCAUAGAGCUAGAGCUAUUGCUACUCUUCAGUUUAAUUGUCAUCUUGCUCUUAUGGUUGUUGUGCUUGUUGGUUUUUAUUCGAUUGUUUGUGGUCGAAAAAUUGGGAAUUCGGUUGUGAGUGAUUCCACGGGGAAUUUGAGGUAUACGCCGCUUGGAGCUGAGAUGCAUUCUUUGGAGAAUUUGGAUGGGAAUUUUACUUUGGAUUCUGAUGACGAAGAGAUUAAAGAUGGUAAUGUAGGGAGCCAGAAGGUAAUGAAUGGAAUCAAUGGUAAUUAAUUCAUCUCAUCAUUGAAAUUAGAAUUUGUUUGUUGUGUUUUAGAUUAUGGUGAAAACAAAGAGGCAAUUUAGUUCAUUUUAUAUAGAAGGAUUUAUGGUUUUUUGUUAUGUUUUUGGGUGUAUCUAUGUAACAUAGCGUUGUGUACUUCGAAUAAAAUAUGUGAUUUCUAGUUGUGUUGUCAAUCGCAGACAAUGGAAAUUAGUUGUUUGUUCAAA